UUCCCGUCAUCUCAUCAUCGCAAUUGGUGCAGCUAUCACGGAAAUGUUUACGUUCUGGUCGGUCCGCGGUCGUACUUUUGGUUUUUGUGCUGCUGAUACCAGUCUAGCUUCGAGGCGCUAAACGAAGGAAAGUCGUGGGCUGAGAUGCUGUCGUGCAGAGAAAAUUGACCACGCGGUCGCGUAAACAGAAUACUUGUGUAAUUUCACGGUGCUGUGACUGUCUAUACGGAAGAUUAUCAUCGGUUGUUCAGGAUCAUCGUUUAUUUUCGUACGGUGCCAAGAGGGACAUGGGGAGCUACGCGAGUAGGCUGGUGUCGGCAUCGAAUAGCGCGGUGAACUCCGUUUAUCAGAGCAGGAAGAGGAAACGCAUCCAGGAGGAUGAUUUUGAAUCCGGAUCGAGGUUCAUUGAAGAGACUCUGCAAACGCCCAAGAGGAGAAAAUUGAUGACCACGGCUCAGUAUAUUUACAAGACGCUAUUCGAGGAGGAAAAGGCCAGCGAUAUUACGGUGGUAAUGCUCGGGAAAGCGUGGAGGCUGCACAAAGUUUACAUAAGCCAAAGCCCUUAUUUUGCUAGUAUGUUUUCUGGUUCCUGGCGUGAGACUAACGAGAGGCUGGUUAAUGUAGAGAUCACUGAUCCCAACAUCACACUUGAUUCACUCACUGUUGUACUCGGCUCUUUUUACCAGGAUGAAGUCUGUCUUGAGCCAAAAAAUGUGAUUUCCAUUCUUGCAACAGCAACACUCUUUCAACUUCAGGGUCUUAUAGACGAAUGCACUGAAAUUAUGGCCGAGACAACAAAUAUAAAAACUGUAGUUCCUUAUUACAAUGCAGCUGUUUCAUAUGGAGUGCCAAAGGUUAAGAAUAUCUGCAAAAGGUGGCUAGAAUUUAAUUUAAUGGGAUAUGGUUGGCUUUAUCCUUCAUUUUUAAAAGAGAUAAGUCCAGAAUUAAUGGCUGAACUUGUAAGCAGUUCAGACUUGGUAGUCAUGCAAACGGAAUUUUGUAUUUACAUGAUGUUGAGAGUGUGGUUGUUCGUUCAUGUACAAGAUAAAGAUGAAGCCUCACAACAUGAGGAAUUUUAUAGAAAUAAAACAUGGACUGAACCAUUUCUUGAAACAAAGAAGGGCAAAGUAUUCAGUGCCCCUUUCAAAUCACUUCGGAAAAAAUAUUUAUUACUUAAUCAUCAAGACGUGAAAAUUUUACAAAAUGACAACCUAAUGCCUGAGGACUGGUUAUACAAAUCUUACAAAGAGCAAUGGCUACAUAUUUUGAGAAUCGAUUCAAACAGAGAUACAGGAUCCCUGAUUUCACUUGUGACACGUUUCCUCCAAAAACAAGCGUUUCGAUCUAGGCCAAAAAGUUUGAGCGAGGAAACCUUUGCCAGAGAAUGUUUUCGUUGUGCCAGAUGUGUAGAGAUUCCCGGAGAACACGUUUGGCGCUGGACUGCUUUUCACUUUGGUUUGGAUCUGAUUGUAAAUUUAGACUUAACCGUACUGAGGUUCAAGAGAUACAGUAGACUAGAUUCUGAACAUAUAACAGCUAAUCAUAACAAACAUCAUAUCGUCGUUAGAAUACGUCUGUUUUCAUUAAAUGAGCAAAGGCAAAUUAAACACCUGCAAGAUUCCGGACUAGUCAAUCUUUCGUUACAAAGAAACCAAGAGAAACAAGUUAUGUCUCUGGACAAGGAACUAUCAUUCCCUCUGCACAUAUCGGUUAACAUGCAGGUCGUUACGCCUUUCACACCCGUCGAGGAGGUAAAAACUGUAAACACAGUUAUCGCAAAUACCUAGUCGACGAAGUCUGAACUUCAAUAUCGAUUUUGCUUCGCGUAUCGGUAACGUGGGGCGGACGCACUGUUAAUUGCACGCGACAAAUCUUAAUAAUACUAGUCUAUAAAUCGCAUAUUGUGUCAAUGAAAUAACGGUAAUGGUUCGCAUAGUGAUUAGGCGCACAAAAAAAAUCUUAAUUGGAUGAGCCGAAGUGUCAUGAGCGGUACCAGUUACUUUAGUUUAAGGACUCGCAACAAAUUUUUUAUAACUUGAAAAAAAUGAACUUUAUUAAUUUAGGAGCUACUUAUAGUACCAAAACAAUUUUGGUAGAAUUGAUACGAUAUACAAUUUUUCAUUCAAUGAAGAUUCUUUUUUUUUUCUUUUUCGUUUUAUUCGAUGGGAGUGAAUUAUUUUAUUUCGCAAAUGUUACGUUUUUCAUAUAGACUAAAUCAAAAAUGUUGAAGCGUAGAGAUGAAAAUUUACUAAUGAUCAUUCCAAUUUUAAUUUAUCACAAGCAAUUCAUCGGCAGAAUAGACGAACUAAUCUCAUCGUGUCAUUAACCAAAAACUUUAGAAAGUUAGUUCAUAAUCAAAUCAAUGUUGAAUGUAAGUCUCAUAAUGUAACAAAAUGUAUUUUUCACGAAUACAUUAUUUGUUGUUUGGUGCCUUCAAAGUAUUGAGCUACAUCUCAAUGAAGUUGUACAGUAUUAAGUACCAGUCUGUGGAAAAACUGUAUACUUUGCACUUUAUAAUAUAAUAAAGCUUUUCUACGACGCGAA